AUGUCCAUGCUUCUAUGCACUGUGCUGAUCGCCGAGAACAGGUCGAUAUGUCAGCGUAAUUCGUAUAGGCCUUUGGAGAUAACCGAGCCAAUGUUCAAUCACCUGAUUAAGAAGUUCGAUUUGAAGGCUUCUGCAUGGGAUGUGGCCUCUUGCUUUUAUGACAAAGAUUUUGAUAUUGAAUCUACUUACUGUGCUCCCUUUACUAUACAUCAUAAUGGAAAUGUAACAGAAGUGUCAUACACCAUCCGGUAUCCAGAAUUCAAGUCCGCUGAGGGGACCUGGGUCAUUCGGCAAACCGGGAUUUAUCAGAAGUUUAACACUAAAACAUCGCAGAACUUGUUCAUCUUGCUCAAUCCUGCACCAUCCACGAGAUUGCAUCAGUACGCGCAGGUCUUGGCAUCAAAAGGUCCUCAGAGCAUCCAGCAGGACUCCUUUUGGCUACACAAAGAGCUUUUUAGAACCUAUUUUCCUGCGUGGAGACUUUACAACGCUUAUUUGGAGAAAUCGUUGAUUCCGAUAGCAAACAACGCGGUAGCCACCUUUAUUGAGGAACUGACCGAGACGGAAUACCAUCAUCUCACUGAGCUGGCAUUUCUUGAGACCCGCUUAGUACAAGUCCCCGCUAUGCUGGCAGCUUCAAGGGAUGUCCUUGAAGGUCUAGUAUGUCUUUGUCGUGAGAUAACCGGUAGAGAAGACGAGAAGAUUGCCGAAUUUUCAAGAUCUGCAUUGGCAGCCAUUCAGCAACAUAUCCGCGAAUGCGCAGGCUACACCAGAGUAGCAGACUGUCUAGAACAACGAGUUCAGAAGAUCACACAGCUUUUGGCUAACACUUUAUCCUUCCGUGAACAAUUGAACGCCAAGGUGCAAAACAACAGUAUGCUGAAACUGAAUAACCUUAUUACUACCCUGACUGUCCUAUACUUGCCUGCAUCUUUCGUGGCAUCUUUCUUCGGUAUGAACUUCUUCGAUUUCGAUAACGAGUCACGCCAGAUCGUGGGAACCCCUAUCCUUUGGAUUUACUUUCUCUGCUCUGCGGCUAUGACUGUCAUGACCUAUGUCUUUUAUCAUUUAUUGAUCCAGAAAGCACUGCUGAAGAGAAUAACAUGGAAGAUUCCUUCAAUAAAAAUGUAUACCAGGACGAGGACGAGAAAGAAGGAACUCCAUAAGGGGCCAGAGCUUGUGUAAUCUAGCAGAGUAUUCGCUAUUACCUAAAUCUAUGUACCGAGUGAGUUGCUGACAUCUAUCUGAAACACAAAAUACCGAC